AUGUCGAGUCUGCGAACACUGUUUAUCAAGGUAUUCUGUAUCGUGGCCGUUGUCCUUUUCCUCUACCAGUUUCCCGUCGUAGAUGUCCGGCCCGAUCAUAUUCAGCCAGAGAUCCUUGAUAAAGAUUCAGUCCUGACUGAAAUUAGCGGUACCGCUGCUCAUUUUUCCACGGUCGAAAGCACGCCACCCACAACAAAAUGCACAGUACCGCACGACCUGAGGAAGCCACUUGUUCAAUAUAUAAUCAUGAUCGAUGCGGGAAGUACUGGAAGCCGAAUUCACGUCUACAGAUUCAACAACUGCGGCGGAACACCCGAAUUGGAAGAGGAACACUUCCAAAUGACGGAGGCAAGGCUGGGAGGAUCAGGACUGAGCUCUUACGACGACCCGGAAGAGGCCGCGGCCAGUCUCGACGACCUUAUGAAGUUUGCACAAUCGGCUGUGGCUCGAGAGUUCCAUUCACGUACACCUGUUGCCGUAAAGGCAACGGCAGGCCUUCGACUGCUGGGUUUUCGAGCAGCGUCGGAAAUACUGGAGGCUGUCCGAGCACGACUUGAGGCGCGAUUUCCAUUUCCGGUUGUGUCGCGCGAAAGUGGAGGCGUCGAAGUCAUGGAUGGAGAGGAUGAGGCAGUGUUUGCCUGGCUCACUGCCAAUUAUCUCCUCGGGAAUCUGGAACCCGGUCGCGAUGGCGGUAUGCAUACAGCGGCAUUACUUGACUUGGGCGGUGGCUCAUUACAAGUGGUAUUUCAGCAACUACCUGGGCAGGAAUUGGAAAAGGGAAAGGCUUUACAAACUGACCUCACAGAAGACAGAUUUGUCCACAGAUUGGAUUUCAGAGGCAAAGAGAUACAGUUGUAUCAGUAUUCCCAUUUGGGUUACGGGUUGAUGGCGGCGCGGAAGACAUUACACCAAUCGGUUGUUGAUCGAGCUUCGCCACAUCAUGGUCUCUCGCAGCCGGUUCUUAACCCCUGUCUUCCAGUGGGGAGCUGCAUCAAAGUCGCCCUUGAUGACCACAUCCUCUCCGGCAAACACGAGGUUGUGAUGGAAGGACCUGCCAACGAGUCUGACAACAAAACUACCGCGACAGAGUGUCGAGAGUUGAUCAAGGAGAUCCUCAACAAAGAUGACACAACAUGUCCGACGUCACCUUGCUCGAUCAACGGUGUACAUCAGCCUUUGAUUGAGGAGGUGGUCUCCGGUGACGUCUACGUCCUCUCAUAUUUCUACGAUCGUACCCACCCUCUUGGGAUCCAGGAAUCAUUCACUUUGUUUGACCUGCAUGAGCUCGUCUUGAAGGUCUGUGCUGGUGAGAGCGCGUGGCCGGCUCUAUUUGGGAAUGUUGGUGGUGUGGUGGAAGUUCUACUGGAGAUGCCGGAAUGGUGUCUGGACUUGCAAUAUAUGGAAGCGUUGCUUCACGAUGGCUUCGAGGUGACAAAGAGCCGUCAACUUCGGAUUGUAAACAAGAUCAAUAGCUAUGAGGUUGGGUGGUCCCUAGGAGCAAGUCUGGCGCUCUUAGAGAAGACAACAUGGUGA